UCAUUUACCGGCUUGUCUGGUGCCAGUUAGUAUUUUAGGCCUGCAUCGGCCGCACGUUUUGUCAUACCGAGUUCAUGUGUCGAAUAGUUCAUUACAAUUUUAGUGAAUACAACAAUAUUGUCAAGAUGUUGGCGAUCGCUUUCGUUUUUAUUGUCAGCGCUAGUCUACAACAAACAUAUGCAGCGAGCGCUAAACAUCCUAUGGAAGCGUCCUCAAUUCAAUAUCCAGAACCAAUAGACAAAGAAACGGAACAUAUCCCUGAUUCGUGCAAGGAUCUCACGUAUUGUACAGUGAAACCAAACGAUUACCCAGAAGAAAAAUUUAACGACAUGUUCAAGGAUUACAGCGACACUCAUAGACAUCGCAGAGGAGCAGGUGAUAACGGCAGCCUUACUCCAAAUUCUCAACCCAAUGAAGCUGCUGAGAUUAAUAAAGUGGUGCCUCAACCAUCAAUGGUAGUUGAACUUAACAACCGACAAGGCGGGCCCGAUAGUGCUGACAAUUGCGAGAGUAUAGUGACCUACGAACCCCUUUACAAAGUAAGACCGAAGAGAGACGAACCUUGGCGCACAGUGAUCCAAGUUCCUGGUAAAGAUAUCAUUCAACGAGUACGUCUCGAGACAUGCACAACUCCUAAUGCACCGUGUUUUAAGGAACUUUCACCGUUGCCAGAAUUUGUUACAUUCUGCAGACAAAAGAUCAAUGUAUGGGAAGUUAUGGUCGCCAAGGGAGACAAUGAAACAGAGAUGAUCAAAGCAGAACUUCCAGUAUGUUGCUCUUGUCACUAUAGAGAACUAGAUUUCAAAGUCAGAUUCGGCAAACCUAAGAAGUAAAAUGGGACGAAUUAAUCAUGGUUAAAUUAUAUCCAUUCUAGAAGGAUUCUGAAGAGGCUUGUUUUACGAAAAAAAUGUCUUGUACGUGUGCAAUAAUUUUCGAUAAAUCUUUAUAAGUUUUUGUCGUAUACAGAUCGAAAAGCAUUUGAUUAACUGCAUUUAUCCAAAUUGAUUUUUUUGAAAAUAUUGUCCUCUGUUAAAUUAAUUCAAAAAGGUUGUAAAUAGGCCGUAACUUUUUAUUUAAUAUUAUGCUUAGGUUAAUACUAAGAAAAAUACGUCCUACGUUUUUUACGUAUUUCUUUAAUUUUAACAUAUAUUGUCAUUAUUCAUGAUAUCAUUUUGUCAUAAGUUUUUGCGCUACAUAAUGCAGACAAACACUUAUUAUCAUGUUAUGCAUUUAUACGAGCUAGCGACUACAAUUUCGAUUCAAUUUGUACAAAUCUAUAAUUCAAUUAUAUUCAUACAAUCUAUAAUUAAUAUUAAGACGACGUGGAUUAAAGUCGCGCAAAAAAACCCGUGCUCUUUCGCACUUUGGCGUAGCCUUAUUAUUCUAGCACUAUUUAAAACAUUUGUUCUAUUAGUUGUAAACUACGGAAAGCAACAAAGUUACAUGCAUGACUAAUAUGACUUAGAUUAUAAUUGUAUAGAAUAUUUUAAUAUUAAAAGACAGGUAAUUUAAAUAGGAUUAUGUUUCGCAGUUCUUGUGAUUGUUUGGUUUUUCACUCCACUUGCCAUAGCAUUUAUUAAACUAUUUCCGACUCGUAGAAAUGAUCAAUCAAUUAAAUUGGUUUGAUUAAUGCCUUUCAUUCGAUUUUAGGCUAUUGUUUUUCUGUUAUACAAAUAUCUCGUAGACUUGAAUUGUCAUGUUGAAAGUUUAAAACAACUGUAAUGCUUGUAUCGGUUCGAAAUGAUAAUUCGACCGAAAGAAUACCCAACAAGUUCUAUAUUACUCUUUUUAAGAAAUGAAAUUCAUAGUCAAGUGUUCAGGGAUUUUGAUUUUGUGAAAAACGUAACAGUAAUAUAAUAUUAAUUUAUUUAAAUAGUUUGCAUGCUAUCGACUAGUCAAAUUAAGUGUAUCGAAUAAAUUCAUAACAGAA